AUGGCACUGGAUGACCUCCCUGCCUUCAGCAACUUGCUUGAGCUGGAUGGUGUUCAGAAGGGGGGUCCCAGUGAAGCGCAGGGUGGGGGCCGGGGAAGCGCUGUCUCACGCCCCUCUCAUCUCCCCGCUGUGCUGCAGCUCCUCAUCGCUCGCCGGAGGAGAUCCAGCUGCUACUUCUACCCCCGUGCCUGGCCCGGCAUCAGGAACGCGGACUGGUGGGAACGGGUGGUCCUGAAGGAGUUUGGGCCCCGGGACUGGCUGGAGAAGUUUCGGAUGUCCAAGGAGACCUUCUUCUACAUCUGCAACCAGCUGCGGCCUGGGCUGGCUCCGCACAGCGCCCACUUCCACCCCACCCUGCCCCUGGAGAAGAGGGUGGCCGUGGCCCUGUGGCACUUGGCCACCAACGUGGAGUACCAGACUCUCAGCCCGCUCUUCGGUGUGGGGCCCUCCACAGUGCAGGCGUGCAUCCGGGAGGUGAGCUACGCCGUCGUCUUGCUGCUCAAGCCCCUCUACCUCCGGGUGCCCAACGAGAAGGAGCUGGAGAACAUGGCACGCAUCUUCUGCACCCGCUGGGGCUUCCCGCACUGCAUCGGCGCCCUGGACAGCCUUCACAUUCCCAUCCACCCGCCCCUGCGCCUCAGCGCCGACUACUGCAACGGCCAGGGCUGGCACUCCAUCCUCACGCAGGCCACUGUGGAUGGGCUGGGCCAGUUCUGGGACGUCUCCACCGCCUUCCCUGGCAGCAUGGAGAACAGCGCGGUCCUUGAGACCUCCAGCCUCUGGGUGCUGGCCAAGGAGGGCCGGCUGUGCCCCAACCCUCCCAAACACUUCAUGGGGAAGGCGCAGAAGUACGUGCUGCUGGGCGAUGCGACCUACCCCUUGCAAGACUGGAUCCUCAAGCCCUACCAGGAGGACGAGAAGCUCACCCGGCGGCAGCUGCAGUUCAACUACCGCCUGAAGCGGGCACACAGCGUGAUCGAGAACGCCUUCCUGCGCCUGAAGGCACGCUGGCAGAUCCUCCUGAAGUGUGACGACUGCAGCCUCGAGCUGCUGCCCACCCUUGUCCUUGCCUGCUGUAUCCUGCACAACGUCUGCGAAGCCCAUGACAACCCCUUCAACGAGGAGUGGCUGGGGGGGGGCCGGGCGCCCGGGGGGGCCAAACCCCGACGCCCCCCAGCCCUUGCCGCCCUGCGCCGGCCGCCAUGGAGGACAGCCGGGCCGAGCAAGUGCGCGAGCUGAUGUGCCAGUACUUUGAGAGCUGCGGGGAGGGUUGACGAGGCCGGGGAGAGAGAAGCAGCCCUGUGC